AUGUCUGAUAAAAUCAACGCUGAAAAAGUUAUUCAAUAUCAUCAUUUCCCAGCCAAACCUCGUGGUGAUGCCUCAUCUAUGAUUUCCCAAUCAUUACCAAUGGCUGCUAUGUUCAUGAGAAAUAAAAUGUUAUCAUGGGCUGCCUUUUUCUUAGCUGUUCAAGCUUUCUUAAAUGAACCAAAUCACAAACCAAGUGGUCCCGAUGAUGCUGCUCAACAACCUCCAUUUUUAAGAGUUGUAUUCGCUUUCAUCUCCUUAGGUACUUGUUACAUGGAUCUUAUCUUCCCAGGUACUAACCCAAUGUUAAGAAAUGCCGCUAAAGCUGCCUCCACCGCCGCCGCUUCUGCCACUGGUACUGCUACUCCAUAA